AUGUAUGCGUACCAUUUAUGGGCAAAACCCCCAACCCAGGUCGAUCGCCUUGAGGGCGGCGAGGGCACCCACACAACGGGCGGCGGCGCGAGGAUCCUAGGGCGCAUCGAUGCCCGCAGUGCGAGCGGCGUCGACGGCGGCAGUGCGGGCGGCGAACACCGCACGGACCGCACGGCGGCGGGCGCGGAGGAGGGCACGGCGGCGAGCUGCCGACAAGACGAGGGCGUUGUGUCGGGCGGCGCGGGCGCGGCGGCCGACAGCGAGGGCCUCGCGGGCGAGGGGAGGGAGGCGGCGUCGAGAAGGGCGAGGGACCCUGCAAAUAUCAGCCUAAGCCAUGGAUUGUACUGCGGAAUCAUUCAAAGCUUGUUGCUCGUCAACACUUUGUCCCGUGGGAAAUGA